GGCAUAUUAAAUGAUCAAGUGAAUGCAAUCGAUUUCCUAAUGGAUAAGAAUAAUGUUGUGCCCCGUAUAAAUUCUUUGAUUUUGGACAAUAAGCAGCAGUACCUUAAUUUAAUAUCUUCAUCAGAUAAGAGUGCUGUGAUUGCAAAGAACAUGUAUUAUUUAAACCAAGAAGAUGAUGCAGUUGCUGUAGUCACUCUGUGGAUUAUUGCUGAUUUUGAUGCACCAUCUGGGAGAAAACUGCUGUUUAAUGCUUUAAAGCACAUGGAAACAAGUGUUCUCAGUCGGUUGGGGAUUAUUUAUAAUCCUACAUCAAAAAUAAAUGAAGAGAACACUAUUAUUUCUAGAGGAAUUUUGGCAGCUUUUCUCACACAGAAAAAUAGCCUUUUGAGGAGCUUUCUCUGGAAACUGGCAAAAGAAGAAACUGCUACAGCUAUUUACUCUGGAGAUAAAAUUAAAACAUUCCUUAUUGAGGGAAUGGAUAAGAAUACUUUUGAGAAGAAAUACAACACUGUUGGAGUAAAUAUUUUCCGAACUCACCAGUUUUUCUGUCAAGAUGUACUUAAGUUGCAUCCUGGGGAAAUAGGUGUUGUAAGCAAUGGAAAAUUCUUUGGACCAUUAGGUGAAGAUUUCUGUGUAGAAGAUUUUUACCUGUUGGAAAAGAUAACUUUUAGUGAUGUAGUAGAGGAAAUCGAAGACAUUGCUAAAAGUAUAGAAGUCAACUCGAAAAACAUUAGUGACCUUGUUAUGAAAGUUGAUGCCCUCCUUUCCUCUUUGCCUACGCGUGCAUCUCGGUAUGAUGUCACAUUUCUUAAAGAGAAUCACAGCAUUGUAAAGAUAAAUCCUCAAGAGAGUGACGAGUUCUUUGAUGUCAUUGCUAUUGUUGAUCCGUUGACAAGAGAGGCACAGAAGAUGGCACACUUACUGGUUGUACUUGGCAAGAUUAUAAACAUGAAGAUAAAACUGUUCAUGAACUGUAGGGGUAAGCUUUCAGAAGCCCCUUUACAGAGCUUUUACCGUUUUGUCCUGGAACCAGAACUGAUGUCAGAGACUAAUAACAGUCCUUCUCCAGGACCGGUCGCAAAAUUCCUAGAUAUUCCUGAAUCACCCCUUCUAACCCUCAACAUGAUUACUCCAGAAGGCUGGGUGGUUGAAAUAGUACAGAGCAACUGUGACCUUGAUAAUAUUCACUUAAAAGAUAUUGAGAGAGCUGUUACAGCAGAAUAUGAACUGGAAUAUCUCUUACUUGAAGGACACUGCUUUGAUACCACAACAGAACAACCUCCUCGAGGUCUGCAGUUCACUCUGGGCACAGAAAAUAAGCCUGUCAUGGUUGAUACAAUAGUGAUGGCCAAUCUUGGAUAUUUUCAGUUAAAAGCAAACCCAGGUGCUUGGAUACUGAAAUUACGCCAAGGAAAAUCUGAAGAUAUUUAUCAAAUAGUUGGGCAUGAAGGAACUGACUCUCAGUCAGAUCUAGGAGAUGUCAUUGUUGUAUUAAACAACUUCAAGAGCAAGACACUGAAAGUACAGGUUCAGAAAAAACCAGACAAAGUUAAGGAAGAUAUCCUUACUGAUAAAUAUGAAAGAAAAGGAAUGUGGGAUUCCAUUAAAAGUUUCACAAGAAGGUUGCAUGAAGAUGAUCAAAAAAAUGAUGUCUUAAACAUUUUUUCAGUUGCUUCUGGCCAUCUGUAUGAACGUUUUCUAAGAAUCAUGAUGCUUUCUGUUUUACGUAACACCAAAACACCAGUGAAAUUUUGGUUUCUGAAAAAUUAUCUCUCACCAACAUUUAAAGAGGUAAUUCCUCAUAUGGCUAAGGAAUAUGAGUUCCAAUAUGAACUGGUCCAAUAUAAGUGGCCUCGUUGGCUUCAUCAACAAACUGAAAAACAGCGGAUUAUUUGGGGUUACAAAAUUCUUUUCCUUGAUGUCCUUUUUCCUCUAGCCGUGGACAAAAUCAUUUUUGUUGAUGCAGACCAGAUUGUGAGACAUGACCUAAAAGAACUUCGUGAUUUUGAUCUGGGUGGAGCUCCCUAUGGGUAUACUCCAUUUUGUGAUAGCCGCACUGAAAUGGAUGGAUAUCGUUUCUGGAAAACAGGAUACUGGGCAUCCCAUCUUUCAAGAAGGAAAUACCAUAUCAGUGCCCUAUACGUGGUGGACCUCAAGAAGUUCAGGAGAAUUGCAGCCGGUGACAGGCUUAGAGGGCAGUACCAAGCUCUGAGCCAGGACCCAAACAGCCUUUCAAACCUAGAUCAG